AUGCCCGUCUUUCAUGAUACAUUCACCUCUAGUCUCGCCAUGUGGUCCCCUUCGACCCUAUCUUCUCUUAGUUUAUAUGCAACAACUCGGAAUGACAUGAAUGAAAGGACAAAAUAUUAUCAUGAGCCCGUUUAUUACCCAGCAGCAUGUAUCAUCUGUGGACUAUCACAUCAUCCGACAACAACAACAACGGCCAACGAAAAAGAACGAUCCAUUCAACCUGCAGUGCCUACCCCUUGGGAGAUCUGGUCUGUGGAACGACGGAGUGAAAAGGUAGAGGAAAAGAAGAGAAAGAGCAUGGUCCAUCAUGUACAACGUCUCUUCUGUCAAGCACUGAUUGUCAUCAAUAAGCCGAUAAAGUUGUCAUCUAGUUCUUCAUCUGAAAAGUCAGUUCGAUUUUCAGAAGAAAACAAGACAUUCUAUACACAUAGUCCAAGAGAUUAUGACCGAUCAUCUGUCAAACAGACUUGUCGAUUACCAGCCUCUUUGGGUCAAACUUAUCUGACAGUAUUUGAACAAAUUUUGAUUGAAAAUCCAUUACAAGACUCGAUUGUCAAAAGAAAUACAAGUAAAAAUGGAAUGAAAAGUACAAAAGGACGUGCAUUGAAAGCAAAAAUAGCUAAAUCAAGUCAACCGCGCUCUUUACUGUAA